GUCCGGGGAUAUUCUGAAAGUUCAGAAAUUAUGGGCGAGAUAAACCCAUAAUCCAGGGGUUAGUUUUUAUAGUUCACUCUUAAUUUAUUAAUGGUUUUCGUGUCCAGUCCUUUCAAUAAACCACAAUUCCAAUUUUCAGGCGAACCAUAUUCAUAUUAAUACUACUACUACAAGUUACCUACAUCUCAAUAUUGAUGCAGCAGCAGUAGCACUAUGGCAUUUAUGAUUAGCACCAAACCUUUCUCAAUCGCCAAACCUCUUUCCUCAUUUGACAACCAUGGCCCCAAUCGUACGGAAAUUUUAGGUGGUGGCGCUACGAAUAAGCGCAGCCGCUUUCGGCGCCUACAUAUGUCGUCGGCUGCGGCGCAACCUACGAUAGAAGUUGGGGUGCAGGUGAUUCUGUUGAAGGGAAAUAAAGUGCUGAUGGGCCGCCGCCACACAGUUGUAGGCGACGGUCACUUCGCCCUUCCCGGCGGCCACCUCGAGUUCGGGGAGAGCUUUGAGGAAUGUGCAUACAGGGAAGUGAAAGAGGAGACAGGGCUAAAGAUUAAGGGAGUUGAGAAGUUGACGAUCGUUAGCAAUGCGAUUUUGGAACCGAAACCUAUGCAGCUUGUAGCAGUUAUAAUGCGAGCGGCGCUUGCUGAUCCGAACCAGGAGGCUAUAAAUAUGGAGCCUGAAAAAUGUGAUGGCUGGAAUUGGUACCAUUGGGACCAUCUUCCUUCUCCAUUAUUACCCACACUACAAACAGCUAUUGUAGAAGGUCUAAAUCCUUUCUCACCUAUUACUCAUUAGCACAGCAUCAUCUUUUCAAGACCAUAAAUUUCUCGCAAAAACUCAUCAUAUAUAAUUGGUUAAUGAAAAUGUUGUGUUUAUGUGGUUGUUUCGACGGAAAUUUGGCAAUAAGACAGAAAAUAAGGGCAUUUAUAAGCGUGCGAAUCUCUCUUUAGCCUUUUACAUAUUGAUAAGAUCUUCGUUCUUUAUUUGUACUACACAAUUUCACCUAUUUAUGUAGGUCAUGUUUGGUUUUCCAUGUA